AUGGCAGACACAGCCAACCCGUGUGAUGUUGGCACCGAGCGAUCUGAGCUCGAAAAGGCCUGGCCGAGCUUCGAUUUCUCGCAGCUAGAUCCAGUCUACCCCCAGAAGACGGGCUUAUAUGGGCCGGCAGAGGAGACGAUUCGGAAGAGAGCAGCGGUUGCGAGACAGUGGCUUGCUGAGCAAUCGGACCAAUGUAUCGUUGUUGUCACCCACUCAGGGUUUCUGAACAGACUGGUAGAAGGUCCAAGGUUCAGGAAUGUCGAAUACCGAACCUACCAGAUAGAGAAGAAUGGUCCGGGCGAGGUUGUCUUGGUUCAGUUGGAAGCACUGAGCAAGGAUAUACCAGCAAGAAAAUCAUGA